AUGAUUAGGAGAGCUCGUGGUGUGAUAUUCUGGCCUGGGAUGAAAUCCGAUAUAAAACAGAUUGCAGAUUAUUGUGGGAUUUGUCAGGAAAGAAAACCCAGAAAUUGUAAGGAACCUUUAAUUCAGCAUUCAACAUGUGAAUUUCCCUGGCAGAAAAUUGGACUAGAUUUAUUUGAGAUACAAGGAAAACACUACAUGGUUUCAGUAGGCUAUUUUUCCAAUUUUAUUGAGGUAGAUUACCUACCAACAACAACAAGCACAAGAGUGAUUUCGUUGCUUAAGAAACAGUUCUCUAGAUUUGGCAUACCAAACGUUAUAAUUUCGGAUGGUCGACCACAAUUUAGAUGCCAAGAGUUUCAGGAUUUUGUGAAGACCUGGAAGAUCGACCACAAAUUCUCAUCUCCGAUGCAUCAGCAAGCAAACGGAAAGGCUGAAUCGGCAGUGAAGAUCAUCAAAACACUGAUGCUAAAAACACAGGAGGAUGGGACAGACCCAUAUGAAGCGUUACUUGAACAACAUUGUACCCCAAGGCAGGAUACUGGUCUAAGCCCAGCACAGAUGAUGUUCAACAGAGAGAUACGUGCUACACUCCCAAUGAGAUGUCGAGUGAACAAUAAUUUUGGAAUAGCAAAGUCCAAACACAGAUCCAGACAGAUUUCCGUGAAGAAAUCGCAUGACAAAAAUGCACGAAACUUACCUGAAGUCGAUAUUGGACAGUCCGUUUAUUUCCAACACCAGGAAGGACAAAACUGGAAGCUUGGGAAAGUGAUCCAAAUACUUGGACAGAGAACAUACGUUAUUGCAGACUCACAAGGAGUCGAAUAUCGAAGGAACCGAAUUCAUUUUAGACCAACUAAAAUACAGACCCAUAUUCGUGAUCAAUCUCCAGUUCGUGAAGAACCAAUCAACAAACGUGAACUCUGUGAAUUUCCAAAACCAGUUAGUGAACCAACAAGCGAGUGUAUGUCCAGCAAACGGAUACCGGUAGUUACAGGCUCGAUUGAACAACAUAGCGUUCCAAACUCGAUUUCAGAAACUGUUGUCAGCAAGCCUUCUUACAAGGAUAUUACACCAGAUACUCGUGCAAUGCCAAUAUCGCGUGAACCGUCGAUAAGGAUUCGUAGGAAACCAGCAUACUUGAAAGACUAUGUCCAAAAUUGA